CUUAGUCAACUUAAUUGUUCUCAGACAUCUGAUCCGUGCAGCCCUCAUCUAGAUCUCAACCGAAAAACAGACGCGCCUCCCACUGGCCUAAUGUACCCCCUACCUCUAAGUAUCUCACGGUGUGUGUAAUCGCAGGACAUUGCCAGACUCUGGUCGCAACUGGUUCUGCCCGAAAAUACCUUCACAAGAUACCUAGUAGCUUACAACAACGCCCUUCACUGUCAUACUUCGACUACUUCUCACCCUCAAUCAUUUUCUGUCAUAGUUGGUCGCCAUCUGACACUCGAUUACAUUCAGUCAUUAUGUCGCUAUUCGGGGAUAUCCCAUUCGGCCUUGCCGCUGAGAGUGGGUGCCCAGUCUGUUACCCAAAUAUGCGGUCUCAGACGCAACUGCUCUUAUGCAGCGGCUGUAAAGUCGUCCUUUAUUGUGGGGCUGAGCAUCAGAAGAAGCACCGUCCAGAGCACAAGGCGGCAUGCACUUCCAUCGUCAAGAGCCGGGCAAAACUUGAGAAAGAGGAAGCCACACUUCGAGCUCACCCAGGCGACAUUCUCCUGCCGGGGAAUAUUUUUGAGAACGGCGUGGGCAGGUUCUGGGGUAUCAUUGGGACCCGCGAUUACAUGCGAGCCCGAUUUGCAGCUGCCGACGCUCUACUUCAGAUCAACACAACCAAAGCCGUCGAGAAGGCUUUAGCUCAUUUUCAGGACAUGCUGCGACUCUGUCGGUCUGACAAUCUAGGCAUCCGGGACAUCGUUCCUGGCCUCUUAAUUCGCCUGGGGCGAGAGCAGGAAUGCUAUGACUUCCUCAAAUGGUGGGCUGUCAUCGACGAUGAGCACCACUACAAUGGCCACUAUGAUUGGGGCGAUGCAAGUCUGCCAUAUCUUGACAUCCGCGGAGCCGACGCGUUUGAAGCAGUGGACGCUUUUGCUAGCUGCUUGAGUCUCAGUCAGCUUGUCAUCCUUGCGCUCCUAAAGCUACGUUUAUACCUCGACAUUGAGUGUUAUGACCCGCAAUACAUGGAUUUCGGGUCCCCUUGGCCCCCUACUCCCACGGAUUUCAUGCGGCCGAUUGGCGAAAUUGCCCAGAAGAGAGUCGGAAUGAUCACGAGUUCAGGUGUGCCGGAAAUCUCCGAGUUACUCAAGGAUCAAUAUCAGGCUUUGAUCGGAAUGGUGCACAAGAAGAACCCUUUUUUUUGGGAAGCUUUAGUGGACACAUCGGAAGACACUCCAUCCUUGCCUUCAAUGUAUAGUCCCGGUUCCGUUGAGGAGGCCACUUUGGCUGUCUAUCAGUGCAAGAAGGCCUGGGAAGAAAGUUAUGAUGCCAUCAUAAUGAUUGAAUCGGAAAUUGUCGAGUUGACUGAGGUAUACGAGGGUCCAGCUGCUGCAUCGGAUGGUGUGAAUACUGGAGAAGUCGCAGCAACCUCAGAGAGGCGAAGAGGUUCUGGCAGAGCAUUCCCAUCCAAAUUUUUUGCAUCCAUAGCACAUACGCGCCCAGACAAGCUGUUCCCGCCUUCACUAGCUGGUAAAGAUCGAAUAUAUCAUUUUGUCCAUCGCAACGACCAGAAAAAGGCUCUUGCAUACGCUGACGGAGCAUGCUCAGACAAUGGACAGCAGAGCCCACAGGCAGCCUGGGCAGCGGUUCUUCGCCCACCCAUUGGUGACAAUAUCCAUCCAUGCAUUGUAUCAGGUCGACUAGAGCUCAAGGGUCCUUUUGGGGACGAGAGUGUGGCAACUAGCAAUCGGGCUGAGCUUCGUGCAGCGAUAGCCGUCUUGCGUCGCAAUGACUGGCGAGCCGAUGGGUUCACCAGUGUUGUCAUCGCAACCGAUUCAUCUUAUCUUGUCGAUGGUGCCACUGAGUGGGUGAGAAACUGGGUUCGCAAUGGUUGGAAGACGCGAGCUGGCGGUUCCGUCAAGAAUCAAGACCUGUGGGAACUUUUCCUCGGUGAAGUAGAGAAGUGUAGAGAGACAGGCCUGGAAGUUGAACUUUGGAAGAUCCCUAGAGAGAUGAAUGAGGUUGCCGACACCGUGGCGAAAGAAACAAUCCACAAAGGGGCAGCCCCAACCGACUUCGAGAACAUGCGACUUGGCUCUUCGGCGGUUAGUGCCAGAACUCCAGGAGAGCCUCGUGUCCUUUGCCUAUGCUUAGAGUAUGAGAGCAUGUUCAACGACAUAUAUGCAAGUCUCAUCUCAAGGAUCACUGCCAAGGCCAAAAUAGACCGAGCCACGACUCAAAAGGCCGCCUUGGACAUGCUCACUCAGAACCCUCCGCCAUCGAUAAUCUUUGUCACUGAUGCAGGUGUUGUGAACCUCAUGAAAGUUUGGGAGCGCAUCAUUGACUGUCUUCGCGGAGGAUCGACGGUGGUACUUGCAGCGUGCUUCAGUUCAUUCGUAAAUGCGGGUCAAUUCAAUCGUUGCUUUGGCAAGAUUGGUCUACCCUGGAAAAGAGGGGAUUACUAUCGAACAAAUGUCAGUCUGCGUCCCAGAGCUGUCGAUGAUCGCCUGAAGGAACAGCUCCUUCCCGCCUAUAGCCAAAAGGCCCUUUAUGUUAAGGGGGUGGCUAGAUCGGAUGUGUGGUACGCUGGUGAGAAAGAUGAGGUGGCUGUGGCUUUUACGAAAGUUGGGAACGGCAUGCUCGGUUAUGUAGGAGAUGUGAACGGUGAAGAUGGCUCUGAAGCAGUGGUCCUCGCUAUGCUUGGGCUGUUGAACUGAAUGAGAACGGACUGAUGUGAAGAAACUUGACAGAUAGGGUAGUUGGUGCAGCCCCCCAAACGAUUGCUACCUAUUGCAUGUACAGUAUUCUAGUGGCCAAUCCUCAUCACCACCUCCUUGCUUGUUCGAGCCUUAGGAAUUCCUGAUGCUUUUAAUGCCAAAUCUAAUGAACAGUCCGUGAGUUGCGACCCGUAUCGAAUGGCGGCGAUGAAGGGAGUCUGCCAUAAAGACAUGUGCAUGCUUAAUUAUCCAAUCGCAUAUACAGUACUUGUUGCAAGUUAUUGUCGGUAUAAUUAAUUCCACCUUCUUGCGAUUCAAGUUCCAUUCAUCUUUAAUCGAUUCCUCCCACCAUAUCUAACACCAGUCUCUCGAUCACCACUACCACAUUAAACCACUCGUUAGCGAG